AUGACCUUAAAAAUGUAUGUAAACGCUUGUGAGUUUGAGAUUGGAUUUUUCGAAAUCGUUGGAAGUCCAACAAAAGUCGAUGUAAAAGGCUAUUAUGAAGAUCUUGAAAAAUUACUAAAAG